CCAUUUUCAUCCUACGCGAUUCGUAUUGGAAUUGAGGGAAAUUAGUUGGAGGGUUGAAGACGACUUGACACAUUCAGUGUGUCAAACCUCUCUCUUUUGCUCACCCACUUUUUCGAUUGCAAAUUGCCAUUUUACCAAUUUUCCAGCCACAGCAAUUUCGAUUGAGGCGGCGUGAAAAGAAGUAGUGGUGCGAUUCAGUUGUGCGUGCGUGCAGUGCGUGUGCUUUUUGCAAAAUUGAGUGCAAGUGCGGAAAAUAUGGAGCGGCCAAGUGGCUGGCCAUGUCGCGGGAAUAGUUGUGAGAAAAAUGCAAAAAAGUCCCACUUAGCGUUGCAAUUUAAAUGAAAAUUGGAUGCACGUCUCAUUACCACCGAUCACCCGAGGAUUUUCACACCAAAACAGUAGCGAAGGCACAAUAGAAAAUAAAAAAAAACUACACCCGCGGUCGUGUGUUGGUAACAAAACUGACUGACUGAGAAGACGCGACAGCAAGCUGUGUGUGGCAAAAAGAGUGACGAACAACAAGGGGAGGUCAGGAGAGAGAGAUACAGAAAAAAAGCAAAAGAAGAAUAUUGUUGGACGUCAAAGAAUCUGGAAUCAUCCGGAAGUUGAAUUGUUGACAAACGGAGUUGAUUCCCUCAUUUUGCUUGAGAAGAUACUGUCAGAGAGGUGGAGUGUUGGUGAGAGUUGCCAAGCUGUACGGGGGAGUGCAAAGACUGAGAAUAGAGUAACAACAACAAGAAGAAAAAAAUCACAGUGAGGAGGCACACGGGGCUGAAAUAAACAAAAAAAAAAAAAACUAAAGAUAAAAUUUGAGUUUUUCAACGGAGUAAGAAUAAAAGGCCGCCAACCUGGAACUGAUGGAAUUAGAGAAUAUUGUGGCCAAUACGGUCUAUCUGAAAGCCAGAGAAGGUGGCUCAGACAGCAACAAAGGGAAGAGUAAGAAAUGGCGAAAGAUCCUCCAAUUCCCACACAUAUCACAAUGUAUUCAAAUCAAAUCCAAAAUUGAUGUGAGUUACAAUUACGUCAUAGAUCAGCAACCGAUUGGCCGAAUUCUCUUUAGAUCAUUCUGCGAACACAAACGUCCACUCUACUUCAGAUACAUCGCAUUCCUGGACUAUGUAGUCAGAUAUGAAUUGGAAUACGAUGAGCAUCGGACGGAAAUAGCAAAGGAGAUUGGGAAGCGAUUUCUGGGUAUUUGUUUCGAUGAUGAUACCGAUGGGGGUACCCAACAGACGGGUCCCCCAGCCACGGAGCCCACAGACACAACCCCGGAGAUUGGGGAGUGCAAAAGUGUUGCGGAUGAGGAGGAACAGGUGCAAAUUGCCGUGGAACCAUCAUCCGAAUGCCCUGGUGAUGUGGAUGAAAUGCCAAAGAUCUUUGUGAAUGGGGGGGAACUUGUGUUGGAUGUACUGAAUGUUGAUCUCAUCAACACCGUCCGGGAGAAGAUCAAUUGUGCCAGUAAGGAGCUUUUUGAGCCAUGUGUAACAGCUGUGAAGGCUUUCCUUGCCGGUGAGCCAUUUAGGGAGUUUGAGAAGUCAAUGUAUUUUCACAGAUUUCUCCAGUGGAAAUGGCUCGAGGCACAACCAGUCACCUAUAAAACCUUUCGGAUGUACCGUGUUCUGGGAAAAGGUGGAUUUGGCGAAGUGUGUGCAUGUCAAGUACGUGCAACGGGGAAGAUGUAUGCUUGCAAAAAAUUGGAAAAGAAGCGAAUAAAGAAGCGCAAAGGUGAAAGUAUGGUGUUGAUCGAGAAGCAAAUUUUGCAGAAAAUCAAUUCGCGCUUUGUCGUCAAUCUGGCGUAUGCUUACGAGACGAAGGAUGCCCUGUGUCUCGUGCUAACCAUUAUGAACGGUGGUGAUUUGAAGUUCCACAUCUACAAUAUGGGCGGUGAACCGGGCUUUGAAUUACCCCGUGCGCGUUUCUAUGGGGCCGAAGUUGUGUGUGGGCUUGAGCACCUACAUCAACAGGGUAUUGUCUAUCGGGAUUGCAAGCCGGAGAAUAUACUACUUGACGAUCAUGGGCAUGUGAGAAUCUCAGAUUUGGGUUUGGCUGUGGAAAUCCCAGAGGGGGAAAUGGUGAGAGGGCGCGUCGGGACUGUGGGCUACAUGGCGCCCGAGGUGAUAGACAACGACAAGUAUGCUUUCUCGCCGGAUUGGUUUAGUUUUGGGUGCCUGCUGUAUGAGAUGAUCGAGGGGCAGGCACCGUUUAGGGCGCGAAAGGAGAAAGUAAAGCGCGAGGAGGUGGAUAGGAGAGUUAAAGAGGACGCUGAAAAAUACUCGCAUAAAUUUAGUGAUGAUGCGAAAUCCUUAUGCCAACAAUUACUUAUGAAAUCUGUGAAGGCACGUCUCGGCUGCCGCAAUGGUCGAUAUGGUGCGCGAGAAGUGAAAUUGCAUCCCUUCUUCAACAUAAUCAACUGGAAGCGUCUGGAGGCGGGAAUGGUUGAUCCGCCUUUUGUGCCUGAUCCACAUGCUGUUUAUGCCAAAGAUGUGCUUGACAUUGAGCAAUUUUCAACGGUUAAGGGUGUCAAUAUUGAUGCAUCCGAUGAGAAUUUCUAUACAAAAUUCAAUACGGGAUCUGUACCGAUUUCCUGGCAGAGUGAAAUGAUCGAAACGGAGUGCUUUAGGGAGUUGAAUGUCUUUGCACCAAAUGAGAAGCCAACGCCAGAUUUAAUUCUCAAUGCACCACCAACGAUCGAGAAGUCCAGCUGUUUCCCAUUUAGGAGAAAGAAGAAACAACCACCAAGGACGCAACCAAUUCCUAUACCGGAGCACCUUCUCUUGCCUAGUCAGAGCUGAUAGCACAAUCGAUGGUCACGUCGAUGGGGGCAUUGCGUGAAGAGAUCACAAGGAGAUUCAACUGGUGUUGUGGUGAGAGAUGAAGACGACUGUGGUGCACACAAGGGGGGCGGUAGGGGGGAACUCUUUGCACCAUUUACCCACCAUCGGUGCCGGAUGUUUGAGAGGAUGAAAGUGCAGAAGAAGAUGCGCAUUGGGGGAACAUGUGUUCGUUCCUUUGUACUGAGGGGUACCCAUUGUGUCACAUUGACGGCGUCUCACAGUACAUCCACCUGCUCGUGUUCUUCCUCAUCCGAAUCAUCUUCCCUGACGCACGUCACCACGGACAAUGCAAUACUGUUCAAUUCUAAAAUGUUUCCAGUACAAAAGGAAUUAAUUUACUGUUACUACUACUAUGAGACUAGUAUUUAAAGAAAAGAGAGUUUCCUAAAGAAAAAAAAACAAACAGCUGAAAAUAGAAGCCGAUGGAAUUCCCCCAAAGGACCACGUGGAAGGAUUAUAAAGAACAUGAUCUUCUACGUGGCCACAGCAUACACACACAUCUCUCACUCUCUGCCCACCUCCCCCCAUUAAACAUCGCAUCUCUCAUCCACAUCGUUCACUGUGACUGUUUGUCGGUAAGAUUAAAAUAAAUAAUUCGUUUUUAGUUUUAUCCCUAUAAUCUCUUACAUAUAAAUAUGAUAAACAUAUAAAUAUUUUGUUUUAUAAAAAUGAAUUAAACAA